AUGGACCGUUAUACCGUGGCUGGUGUUCUUGGAGAACUUCAAGAGGAAUUUAAAAUCGGCGAUGAUUACAGCGGAUUGUUGCAAACGGCCUUCAUUUUAUCGUAUACAAUAUUUGCUCCAAUGUUUGGAUAUCUUGGCGAUCGUUAUUCUAGAAGAAACAUCAUGAUAGUGAGUGUUCUUUUUUGGACUGCAGCAACUCUUGGAGGGUCAUUCACAAAAACCUAUGGACGGUUUUUUAUCACGAGAGUAUUUGUUGGAAUAGGAGAAGCUUCAUUUUGUGCACUUGCUCCGACAAUAAUUUACGAUGUGACUUACAAAAAAAUUCGCAAAGAUGCCUUGGCAUUGUUCUAUAUUGCGAUCCCUAUAGGUUCGGGACUUGGAUUUGUUGUGGCAGCUAAGGCCGCCAGAAUUGGCGGACAUUGGUGCUGGGCCUUAAGAGUGACGCCGAUUUUUGGUGUCAUUGGAAGUUUGUUUUUGUGCCUGAUUAAAGAUCCAGUGAGGGGGGAACGAGAACGUUUGGAAAUGGGAAAAACAUUAUUUGUACCCAGGAAAAGUUUUACGAACGCUAUUCGAGGAUUGUCACGAAACCCUUCGUAUCUCCUGUCAACUUUUGGAUUUACAUCUGUGACAUUUGUCACUGGAGCUAUGGCAUGGUGGGGACCGAUAUAUUUACACUCUGGAUUUCGAUUGAUUUCCGGUGAAGAAAGCAUAAAACUAGAAGACGUAGCUCUUAAUUUUGGCGCCGUUGCCGUUUGCACAGGUCUUAUUGGAGUUCCACUGGGUGCGUUCAUUUCUCGAAAACUCAUACGAAAAUACCCAGCUAUCGAUCCGAUCAUCUGUGGUGUUGGGCUAAUUCUCAGCGACCCGCUCAUUGUUCAAGCACUUUUCGCAGCAAACAAAUCUAUCAUGGUCUCUUAUAUCUGUGUGUUCAUGGGCGAGGUAUUUAUGAACGUCACAUGGACAGUUGUCGCGGACAUUUUACUUUCGGUGGUAGUUCCUGAAGCCCGGUCUACGGCCGAGGCUUUUCAAAUUGCAAUCAGUCAUGCCUUCGGUGAUGCUGGAAGUCCAUAUUUAGUUGGCCUGUUAUCUGAAAAACUGAAAGCAAAAUGGACGGAAAACCAGUCGUCGUCAUCGCCUGUCAACAUGGAUGUAAAACACGUUCAACAAUUUGAAGCCAUGAGGUAUGCUCUCCUGUCUAUAGUUUUCGUGCAACUUAUCGGGGGUAUGCUAUUUAUUGUGAAUGCAUUUUAUAUUGUGGCCGACAGAGAGCUGGUUAUUCAGACAAUUGCGAACACCAGUAGUGCUGGACCUGGACAACAAACACCACCACCGGUACGGGCUGCUACGGAACGUAAUCUGGUUAUAUGA